AUGGAGGGCAAGAGAAAGGCGAGUAUUGCGAACGGCAUCGAUGCCGGCUCUAGUACGCCGGACCGUGCCUCGAAGCGUCGCAGGCUGGAAGAGGAGUUUGGCGACUUGGCCAACGGAGAGUCCGCCGAGUCCACCACCGCCUAUGGGCUGAACAUGCUCGAGACAAUCAGAGCUACCACUGACAAGAAUGGUCGCGCCGUCGCCCCCAUAUUCGAGAAGCUCCCCAGCAAAUCUGCAAACCCUCAGUACUACAAGAAAGUCCGCCUGCCUCUGUCGCUGGAGCUGCUCGAGAAGAAGCUCCGGAGCCAUGAGUAUACAAACCUGUCUACCCUGGAAAGCGACUUCAAGCGCCUGGUACAGAAUGCCAAGGAGAUGAACCCGCGCACCUCGGAAGCCUUCAAUGACGCCGAGCGCAUUCGCAAGGCCGUCAGCAAUCUCAUGGUCAAAACCAACCCAGCCUACAAGUCCGGCAACUACUCAGCGAUUCCCACGCCCCUUCCGCCGAGUCCUGGCCGCGGUGAGGCCGCAGCAGACGACGACGACGACGACGGUGCCGACGAGGAGGAAGACGAUGCCGAAGCCGAUGCAGACGCCGAUGAGGACGAGGACGCCGUCGAAGACGAGGAAGAGGAGCCCGAACCAGAACCAUCCGCCAGAAAGCGAAGGGGCGGUAGGCCUUCUCGUGGUGCGGUAGCAUCGACGCCCAAGGCCUCCCGAUCGGCAUCAGCCCAGGCUGCCGACCAAGACAGCUACAAGGGCCUCAGCUUUCAGCAGGCGCAGGAAAAGAUCGUGAACGAUAUGUUGGCCAAGAAGGACGACAGUGGCGAGUAUCAGUAUUUCGAGGCGUUCUCCUUCUUACCUCCUAGGAGUCUCAAGGACUACUACGAGAUUAUCGCAGAGCCCAUCUCGUUGAAAGCGUUGCAGAAGCAAGUCCGUGGCCAGCAUGGCAGGGGCGAAGCGACCGGCGUCAGUGACUUCAAGAGCUGGUCCCAAUUUGAGGAUCAGGCCAGCCUUCUCUGGAAGAACGCGUACCACUACAAUGAAGAUGGCAGCGAAAUCUCCUUGCUAGCCCAAGAGCUUGAGGCAUACUUCACCGAGUUGCUAAAGGACGCAAAACACCACGUCCAAGAGCCCCCACAGUCCAAGAUAAAGCUCAAGGUCCCCCAGAGUGCUCAGACGCCUGCCCAGCCCAAGAAGAUUACCAUUCACGUAGCGGGCGGCAAGGACAGUGCGGCUGCGUCACCAGCCCCUGCCACUGCGCAGUCUGCUGAAGGCGAAGUGACUCGCAAUGGCACACCAGUCGGCCGGAACCCAUUCAAUGGUGCAGCUGCUGUUAAUCACAGUCAGCUGGACAAAGCCCGGAGUAUGUCGACCUCGGCACCACCGCGUAGCCCUUCGGUCACAGGCGCAGUCAAGCCCGAGGAGACGGCCAGGCAGUCACCCGCCAUACCGCCCCCGGGGCCGGCCAUGAUCACACAGCAACAAUUUGCUCCGGUCUUGCCUCCUCCCGGCAUGAACGGAAUCCCGGCCGUCGCUCCCCCUCCUCCUCCGCCGCCGCCGCCGAAAAAGACGGCCGCGGAUAUCCUGGAGGCCCAGAAAUACCGGCCACAUCCCAUAAAGGAGUCGGAGGCUCUGAUCUCAAAGCUGGUCAUCAACUCCCAUCCGAGCCUUACCCUCGACAAACCCCUGGAUAUCACAAUACAGGCAAGCACAACGGAGACCCAACAGGAGCUUGUGUUCAACGCCCCGGCAAGUUACUUCCGCCUCCAGCUGCGACCUCACAUACCUGCCUUCCUGGAGGCCCAGCAGCGUGAAUGGAAGCUUCACGUGUCGCACGACGGGGCACGUCUGUACCCGUCCUCAGGACCGGACCGGCGCAGCGAGCCCAUCUUUGACGCGAACCUGCGCUAUGGCACCAACCGUUUUGAGGUUGGACUGGUGGCAGCCUUACCGAAGGGCGAGAAGGGGCCGCACGGACUCGGAAUGGAGAUGGAAAAGAUUGUAGUUUUGUUCAACUUGCUCAAGCACCAUUAA